UGAUGAGGAAAUGGAAUGUGUGCCAAAUAAUAUUCCUGUUAUCAAAAAUGAUCAAACUGAACCUGUUUCUAUUAUGGUUUCUAAUACAUCAUCUAACUCCCAAACGAAUGACCUUAAUCACAUUGUUUUAGUUGAAAUCUCAGUUAAUGACAUUAGAUCUGAAAUCAGAGAAAUUUCAAGUGCUUUACGUUCUAUGAUUCAAGUGUUAACAUCAUCCAAUCAAUAA